AUGUCUUCCGAUGCCGUUUCCUCCUCGGCAAGAGGUGCAGGCUUCCUAAUCCUCCUGCAAAUAUCUUCCAGAGCUCUCACAUUCGCCCUCAAUCAGGUCUUGCUCCGUUUCCUCUCUCCAGCACUACUCGGCGCCUCAGUUCAGCUGGAACUCUUCAUCAUCUCGGCUCAUCAUUUUGCUCGGGAAAGCUUACGAGUAGCAUGUCAACGUCAGCCAGAAGGUGGCAUCCAAGCUGCUAUUAAUCUCUCCUACCUAGGCAUUGCUGGGGGAUUCCCAAUCGUCUUGGCUAUGGGUCAGGGGUAUCUCAGCACAAAAUAUCCGGAUGUGCCCUACUUCGUGGAGGCCCUUCGCAUCUGCCAGCUAGCCGCCCUUGUCGAGCUGCUGUCCGAGCCAGCCUUUGUCGCUGUUCAGCAAAAGAUGCUUUACAAGACGAGAGCCGCUGCUGAGGCUUCAGCUGUUGUUUUCAAGACCUUUGUUACUGCUACAAUAGUCUUUUGGGGCCACUACAAAGGGUUUGAGCUUGGGGUGCUACCCUUUGCAGCUGGAGAGCUCACAUUCUGUUGUGUGCUCACUUUGGUAUAUCUAUGGCAAACGGCACCCGUCGCGAAGAAGCAUGGUUUCUCCCUUCUGCCGCAAGUCGUGAAGCCAAGUCCUAACGCUGGCCUUGUUCUCGCUCUAUUUUCCAAACCACUGCUCAAUCUUUCUCUCUCCUUGUACGUGCAAUCAGGCAUCAAAUAUGUCCUCACCUCAGGCGACAUCCUUGUUAGCACUCUCGCUUCACUUGAAGAUCAGGGUAUGUACGCACUGUCUGCCAACUACGGUGGCUUGAUUGCACGCAUGGUCUUCCGGCCGAUAGAGGAUAGUACCAGGAACCUCUUUGCCAAGCUGUGUGCUCCGCAGGCUACAAAAGCAGUGGAAACUUCCGAGAAGAAGCAGAAGACACCACCAGCAUCUCUCAAUCAAGCUGCAACUAUUCUUCGGGACAUCCUGCGAGUUUACACAAUCGUAUCCUUGAUUGCAUUCGCCGUCGGACCCACCGCAGCACCGCUUCUACUGCGCCUUGUCGCCGGCUCUCGCUGGUCGGAAUCCGGCGCAGGGGACGUUCUGGGUACCUACUGCUACUGCAUACCCCUUCUCGCCAUUAAUGGCGUCAGCGAAGCCUUCGUGGCCGCCACGGCCUCGACUAAGGACCUUCACUGGCAGAGCAUCUGGAUGGGCGCAUUCUCGGCAGGAUUCAUUGCCAGCGCUUACGUGUUUCUGCGUGUGCUGAACUUGGGCGCAAAGGGACUGGUUUGGGCCAAUUGCGUCAACAUGGGGCUGAGAAUCAUAUUCAAUCUGACCUUUGUGAAGCAAUUCUUCGGCCGUAAUGGUAUUGACUUCAAAGCAACAGAUCUUUUGCCGAAUGCCUAUGCAAUUGCUGCCACAGCUAUGGUCCCAAGUUUACUAUCGCGGACGAGCUCUUUGCUGGCUGAGUAUGGCAUAAUAGGCGAGCUUCUCCGCGUUGGGAGUAUAGGGGGUGCCUUCGCACUACUUGUCGUUGUGACUGAGCGCCACUUCUUGUUGGAUUGCUUCAAGCGGUUCCGAGGCUAG